ACAUAUUCAUAUUUAUUUGUAAUGUCGUUAGUUCCUAAUUAUGCAAGUAGUUCUGACUCUGAUGAAUCAGAUAAUGAAUCAAAACCCCAACAAAAAAUAGAAACUAGAACAAAGAAAACAUUAUCAUCAUUAUUACCACAGCCAAAAAAAACGGUUUAUAUUGAUCUACCGAAAAUAAAAGAUGACAACGAAGAGGAAGAGGAAAUAGAAAGAAAGCCAAUACGUAAUAAAACAACUGCAGGUUUAGGAUUAGCUGACUUGCUACCAGCACCAAAAAAUAGGGCAAUUUCUGUACCUGUAACUAAAACAACUACUGAUAAAGCAUUCACACCUCAUUCCUUAGCAAAAAGGCUUAAAGAAAAGAAUCAAGCUAUUCGGGAAAAACUCGAGAAAAAGGAAGAAAAUAAGGAUGAAACAAGCAAAUAUGAUGAUAUUGAAACAAAUAAUGAGGAAGAUGAAUUAGUAGAGAACCAAAAGGAAGAAGCAAUAAAAAAAUAUACAGGACCAUUUUUCCGUGUAGGUAAAGAUUUAAAGGAAGAGCAGCCUAUUAAAAAGCCAGUACAAAAACAUACAGAUAUACCUAUUGGUCCCAUCUAUACAGCCGAGAAGCCACCAGAACCAGAAGAACCUGAGUUAACUGCAGUUGAUGCAUACGCUUAUGACCCUAAUGCCAUCUACUCAGCAGAUCCUUCUCUCUAUUAUCAAUACCAACAACAAACUCACGAACAAGAUGAUAUAAAUCUUGAACAAUAUAUUGGCAAAAGGGCUAGAGGAGAAACGAGUGUUCAGAUCAAGACAAUCAACCAACAAGAUAUAUUGCCUUCAGAGGAUUGGAGAGCUACCCAAGCUUUAACUGCUGCACCAAAAUUCUAUACAGGUGCUCCUAUGCAAGCAAGUAAGUUACAAAUGAAGAAAAACAAUAUUGUAGCCUUAGCAGCGCAUGCAGUUAAUAAUCAAGAGAGAUUGGAUGAAAUGUUUGCUGCAAAUAAGAGAACAAGACGUGAAGCUGCUAGAAAAUAUGGUUUCUGACCAGCUAAUCAUUCAUUCAUUUAUAUUUAAUACAAAUUCUAUAUAACAAAAGGAGAUAAUUAAUAAAGAAAGAAGAAACAAAGAAAAAGGGGAAGGGCAAGGAAGAGAGAUAACCUUCUACUUAUUUAAAGC